AUGGAUUUCAUCAAGACCAGUUCCCUGCGUGCUCUGAUUGAGUUAACUUUCCAACGCAACUGGAAUGGCCUCAUUUGGAUGAGUAGAAAAGGAGUUACAACCAAAAGAGUGGAAGACUGUCCAGACGGCUCUAUCGAGAACAGCGCCCAACCGCGCAGUCCGGCUGGCCGAGGAACGAGUUCCACGCUCGGCCAAAUAUCGUCCGUCCGUCUGAAGUCUCGGCCAAAGUCAAAACUCGGCCGCGCGCAUCACGACCCGGGAAACUAUUGCCCGCGGUCGGCCACGCCACAACCGCUCACGCCACAGCCGCGCACGACCGCCGCGCGAGCCGGGAAAAACGCCUCGCGUCCGGCCGAGAUUUCAUCGGCCAAAUCUCAUCCGUCCGACCACACCGGCCGACCGUGA